AUGGAGUCACUUCUGUCUCCGGAGGCAGAGAAUCACGACUUCAAACCCGAGCCUGACCAUGAGCACCAGCAGCUUCCUCCGUCCGUCCUGUCGUCACUGGUCCCCAGCGGUCGCACAAACUACUUUUCUGACUGUUCUGAGAUCCACAUAGCUUUGGCUAUGUUAGAAGCUGUAUCUAGUGGUGUACACGACAUAAUGCCUGCUGGUCUGACCAGCCCGAUCUCUGUAUACUGUGAUCAGACCACAGAUGGGGGAGGGUGGACGGUCAUACAGAGGAGAUUUGACGGGUCUAUCGACUUUAACCGACCCUAUAACGCAUUUAAGUACGGGUUUGGGUCAGCCAAUGGGGAGCAUUGGUUGGGGUUGGAGAAUAUGUACCAUUUGACCAGUCAGAAUGCGUAUGAGCUGUACAUAGAGCUGGAGGAUUGGGGGAGAGUGGUCAAGUACGCCAAGUACUCUUCAUUCUCGGUGGGGAAUAGUGGCUCCUACUAUCGCCUUUCUGUUGGUGGGUACAGUGGGACAGCUGGGGACGGCUUCGUUUUAUCAGACCCGUCAUCUGCUGCCUACCUAACGGGUCAGGCCUUCAGUGCUAGGGAUGCAGACAACGACGCAUCUUCCUUGUCUUGCGCUGGAGGUCGCCACAUGUACACAGGAGGGUGGUGGUACAACAGAUGUGGUCAGUCUGCCCUCAACGGCCCGUACCUGCGGCCCUCUGACCGCACCUCUCACAGUGGCUACGGUAUCUUCUGGUACACCUUUGGGGGCUCCUAUGAGCACUAUCUGAAAAAGUCCAAAAUGAUGGUCCGCCCUCGCAGUUUCGACCCAUAA